AAAAUAACACAAGAUCUUUAGUGCUGAGUAACCGCCUCCAAACAAACAUCACAGGACCAGCCAUCUGCAUCACGGAUUAAAGAGACAGGAUUGACACCAGCCACGGACAGUUUGUACAAAACGGGGACGAAACGUUCUGCAUAGGACAAAAUGGGCAAAGAUUACUAUAAAAUUUUGGGAAUUGCGAAAGGAGCGUCGGACGACGAUAUCAAAAAGGCGUACAGAAAACAGGCUCUGAAAUGGCACCCGGACAAAAACAAAACCCCUAAUGCGGAGGAGAAAUUCAAGGAGGUCGCGGAGGCUUAUGAAGUUCUUAGUGAUCCAAAGAAACGAGAAAUAUAUGAUCAAUACGGCGAAGAAGGUCUUAAAGGAGGUGGAGGGGCGUCGGACGGGCCAGGGGGUAACUUCACCUACACCUUUCAUGGAGAUCCUCACGCGACGUUCGCCACGUUUUUCGGAGGCGCGAAUCCCUUCGAGAUCUUUUUUGGGAGGAAAGUCAAUGGACGGGACGACGAUGAUAUGGAAGUGGACGGCAGCGAUCCGUUUGGUUCUUUUACGAGUUUUAACAUCAAUGGAUUUCCACGAGAAAGGCACGUCGGUCAGGGCGGCCCGCCGCGCAAAAAACAAGACCCCGCUAUCCACCACGAGCUCCGGGUGUCUUUAGAGGAGGUGUUUCACGGAUGUACCAAGCGCAUGAAAAUCUCACGCAAGCGCUUGAAUCCGGACGGUCGGACCUUGAGAACCGAGGACAAAAUCCUCACCAUUGAGAUCAAGCGUGGUUGGAAAGAAGGAACCAAAAUCACGUUUCCGCGAGAAGGCGACGAAUCGCCAAAUACCAUUCCAGCAGAUAUUGUGUUUGUCAUCAAAGACAAGCCUCACGCCCAUUUUCGACGAGAGGCCUCUGAUAUAGUGUACCCGGUUCGGGUCAGUUUGCGUCAGUCAUUAUGUGGAUGCUCUGUCACCGUGUCAACGAUAGACGGUAAAACGUGCAAUAUGAAGAUAACUGAUGUUAUCAAACCCGGCAUGAGGAAGAUAAUUGCUAGUCAAGGACUGCCCUUCCCAAAAAACCCUGAACAAAGAGGAGACCUCAUUGUGGAGUUUGACGUGAACUUUCCUGACAGUCUGCCAUCUAAUGCCAAGGACGUCCUGAAACGACACUUGCCAACCUCGUAAAGGCAGGUUAAACACACUUUAGUGACAUUUCUAUAUGAACGAUUCAGUCCCAUCCAGAUGUGGACUAUAAUGGGAAAUCAGAUUUUGAGAAAGUGCAAUUUCUAUUUUUAUCUAAUUGUUUGUUCUUUGUACAUAUAUGUGUAAUACAUAUAUGUAUAUAUACAAUACAAAUGAUGUUGCAUGGAUAUGUAUGUCAGUGCAGACUUAAAGUGCAAUAUGAACGCAAAUGUUUUGCUUUGGUUUCAUGGCUUUCUGGUUAUUGUUUUCAUUUAAAUCGUGCCGUAGCCUAUUAACAACAAAUGUUCAGUUGAAACUUUGUACAUUUACAGUAUUACACAGAGUAAAUUAAAAUUUAUUUAGCUGUUGGCCUUUUUCAUGAAGAUUAAAUUACAUGGA